CCCAGACCCGAGCUUUCUGCCCGUUCCCCCCUCAGCUCUGCUGGUGCGGCCCCUCGCCCAGGAGCCGGCCGUCUCCCGCCUGCUCCGGAUCAUGCAGCUCCUGUCCCGGAUCGAGGAGGGCGAGAAUUUAGCUUAUAGGGCAGUUUUCAUCCUCUGCUUUUUUGGCUGGCGAUAAAAAAAAAAAAAAAUGAAUACAAUGGUUGUGUGGAGCUACCUCAAGUUGAAUGGGUUUAAAAGAAAUCUUUUAACAUAUAUUAAAAAAUUGCACCUUUGAUAGAGAAUCAGAACUCACUCCUCUUGAAUCUGCGAUGGGUGUACUGGAGCUUAUCAAGAAAGAAUUCCCUGUGCCUGAACCAAAGAUGGAACCUGUGAAGAAAACAGUGAAGGAAGCUGCUAUCAUCAUUUGCAUUAAAAAGAAAGAGUUUGAUAAAGCAUCAAAAAUUAUAAGAAAACACAUGGCCAAGGACCCCAGCAACCAGAAACUGAGGACAGAGCUGCUCAGCAUAAUCCGUGAGAAGAACGCGUCUCAUCCGAUCAUCCGAAACUUCUCCUACAAGCUUUUCCAGCAGAGCAUGCUCCGGUUCUUGGAGACCUACAUGGAAGAGUCAGAGCCUAUGCUCCUAACGGUGGUGAAAAAGACUCUAAAUUCAGAACAUGUACAUGAACCCAAGGACCUCCAAGCCACGUCAGAGCCCCUGGAAGACUGUAGGAAUGCAGCAUCCACGUCAGAGCCUCUGGAAGCCUCUAGGAAUCCAGCAUCUGCUUCAGAGCCCCCAGAAGCCUCAAAGGACCCAGCAGAAACACCAGAGUCCCCGGAAGCUUCAAAGGACCCAGCAGAAACACCAGAGUCCCCAGAAGCUUCAAAGGACCCAGAAGAAAUGCUAGAGUCCCUGGAAGCCUCAAAGGACCCAGAAGAAAUGCUAGAGUCCCCGGAAACCUCAAAGGACCCAGCAGAAAAGGCAAAACCCCCAGAAGCCUCAGAGGACCUGGCAGACACUCCAGAGCUCGCAGUAGCUUCUGAAGAUCCGGCAGAAACACUAGAGCCCCUGGAAGCCUCCAAGGUGACCGCAGAAAUGCCAGAGCCCUCUGAAGCCUCUGAGGACACAGCAGAAAUGCCAGAGCCCCCAGAAGCCUCCAGAGACCCAGGAGCCACAUCAGAGCCCCAGGCAGCAUCUCCCAGACAAUCUGAGAGGCAGCCCCCUGGGACGGUAACUGUUUUUGGGAUUUCUGUUUUGAGAGAAGCUUUCAAGACCUUGUCGGAUUCCCAAGAUUCUGAAGCCACCUUCAGCAAGCUGGAUGAAACAGACUUUUCUUUCCCCAAACAACUGUCUCCUGUAUCCCACAGGGCUAAGAGACAAAGGGUAGAGGAAAGCCCAGCUUCUGAUACUUCAGAAACCCCCGAAUCCCCUCCAAAGAAACAACACUUGUUGAACAUAUGCACACUGCUCAUGCGUGAGGACAGCCAGAAGAGUGCUAGCACUGAGAGUCCAGACUCAUCCCAAGAGCCUGUGGUGUCUUCUGCAUCCAGACCUCCUGUCGAGAAGCCGCCUGUCCAGCCUAGAUCUUCUGAACGUUUUAAGUCACUCAGAGCAACACGAAGAGUCUUAAACAGGUCAGAAGAAAGGGACACCUGGAGUGACGAAGAUGAGCUCUUCCUGGAUGCAGCAUCACCUGGGAAGGACAGUUGGAAAUCUUCGAUCUCCGGAAGCAAGAAGCAGAGGUGGACAGUGGAGGAAAGCGAGUGGAUCAAACAAGGAGUGAAUAAGUACGGCGAAGGGAGAUGGAAAGUCAUUUGUAAAAAAUACCCCUUUCGCAACCGCACAGCUGUGAUGAUCAAGGAUCGCUGGCGAACCAUGAAAAAACUGGGACUUGACUGAGAAUGAGACACGGAGAGCCAGCAGGCACUCGCUUCUUCUCCAAGAGACCAAAGCAACAGCUGCUGCAGCAGAAAGGGUCCUAGUCCCCUUCCCCAGCGCAUGUUGAGAACAGUGCAGAGCUCUUGUGGGCACACAGGAGGGUCAUGCACUGCCGUGGGACAAAGCUAAAACUAACUGGGAUUUCAGGAACGUUCUUUCUAGUUCUUGCAUUUAGCUGAAGUUGAAAGCUCUAGAUCUGCAUCAGGCGCCGUGCAGCCUGGUGUGUACGGAAGCAGCCUUGGAAGUGACAAGGCUGACAUUUUAUAUGUGUUUGCAAAUAGCCAGGGCUCCGGCUUCCUUUCCCAUCUGAUAACUGCCGCUUUUGCCCUGUGCGAAUUAGAACUUGAACCUGAGCAAGGUUCAAGGGGGCUAUCAGGGGGGCAGCUUUCUCAGAUCAGGUUUUGGUCCAACUGAAAAGCUGAUCCCCUUGCAGCUAUUUUUAUAUAUUUUAAGUGUCUUGCAUCAGCUGAGAAUCACUUGUCCGAUCUGUGUGUUUCUCCAGCUGUCCCAGAGGGAGCCAAGCUAGGGAGUGGGAACAGCCGGUGUCAGUGAAGGAGGUCUGUGUCUUGGCGAGGUGAUCAGCACAGUUGUUCCACUUGUGUAAAUAGGUUUUUGUGGGGGGUGGGGGAGGGUUGUGGAGGCUUUAUAAAGUAGAUGUUUUGUCUUAGUAUUAAACGUUAGUAGUUUCCAAGGCAGAACUUCAUUUUUUUUUCCUCUCAUUUGAGCUCUUUGAGCUCUCUCUUCCCUUGCACGAUUCACUGCUUCCCAUCUGUUUGCCUCAGUAGCUCUCUGGCCCUGAAAGGCACCGUGUGGUCUAGUCUGGUCCCGUGUGUAUGAGGCAUCGCUGUAGCAAUACUUAGCUGUACCUCUCCCAGCCUUUGCGCAAGGUGAAGGUCCUGCCUCAGUGGUAGAAUAGCUUGGGGCAUGUCCCUGGGGUCAGCAGCCUGGCACCAGCUGUGUGUAGCACCCUUUGCAGCCAAAGUGCCAGCCCAUGCUGGCUUUCUGAGCCAGCCAGAAGUGCAGGCACGGCCUCAGCCAUGGUCUGAGCUCUGAGAAGGCUGCAGCCUGCUCCGAGCAGGGGUGAAGAGGGUCUGAGAGAGGCCAACCCUCUUCUAGCAGGUAGCGGCAGCAUGGAAGGGCUGCUGAGGA